AAACAUUUCUACAUUUUACUAGCUUGAUGCAUACUACGACUAUCUUUCGGAUUUGCAUCCCUCUUCCCCGACUUGCCUCGUGUUUCUUGUACAACUGCAUUUGCCUCCUAAAUUGUUAUAUACACUACCACCUGCCACCACCGCCAGAUGUCUUACAGAAACAUACCUUCUUCUCAGCCACAUCGCCGGCCUCGCUCGUCCCAAGGUCCACCUUCGUAUACUACCACACCCGCAGUUGAGUCACCGCUGCACCUCAACCCGAGCCCGGGUCUAUUGCAGAACCACCUCUCCAUCCCCGCUCGGGACCCUUCGGGCUUCGCAGAUCCAAAUACUACUACUGGCCCUGUCCCCAGCAUAGCGGGCGAUUUUGGGAACCUCGACACAGUUCCGAGGGGUGGUGUUCGUGGCGCGCGCAGCUUCUCAUCUCCGUCGCCGGCAAUUGGUUUGAAUACGGGACCGACUGGGUCGCCAUUUUUAUCGCCGAGAGCUUAUCCUGGGGGACAGUCUCCGCAGAGUCGUGGACAAUUGGCGGCGUCAGAUUCCAGAUAUAGCACAGCGAGAUCUGUCGCGGUCGGGUCGGAGUACUUGUCGGGGAAUAUGGCGCACGAGGCACAUAACUGGGGCUGGCAAGGACGGCCGUCACAUCCGCAUCUUCAACAGGGACCUAUGGGUUUUGAUCAACCGUAUUCACCGCAGCAGUCGGUGCCACCGGGGGGUUUUCCUAUUGAUUAUGAUGCGAGGCAUGGUACUCCACGGAGUUAUUAUCAGUCGUCGUCGUAUCUUUCGGUCCCUAGUCAUGGGCUUCCUCAAGGUGCUCAUCAUCCGAGGAGGUAUCUUGAUCGCCUUUGCUCGUUAUAGUAUGAAGCGAGAACUGACGAGAGUAGUGUUUCAAUGUCGUACGCAUACCCCAGUAGUUCGGUAACUGGGACCCUUCCAUCCAUGUCAGAUCAAUCCUUCCUGCCCUCGUGCGUUGUACUACUUUCGAUGAGAAGGGUAUCCUGGCUAACUGCUGCAGAUCACCCCCGUACUUUGUCCAACAACCCGAAUACUACCUCCCA